UGCUACUUCCUUGUUGAGAUUUGUUCCUGUACGACCCCCUUCUGUGCACAUACACAAACAGUUGGGGUAACUUACAAGGAAUGCAUCUCAGGGUGUGCACGGAGAGUAUCUUCUACCUUUUAUCCUCUCCUGAGCUUACAGAUGGGAAAACCGAGGUGCAGAAUUAAGUUAGAGAGGCCAGCAAAUUUGCAUCAAUAUGAAUAUAAAUGGGGGGGCUUCUUGAAAGGAGUGCGGUGGUCUCAGAGGGUUGGGUUCCUGAGUUAGGUGUCAGCUGGCCCCACUUUGGCCAUUUGAUAGGAGGGAAGAGAAGUGGGGAGGUGAGUAACUCCCCGGCCCUCAUGAGGAUUCUAGGCAGCUUCGGGUCUGGGAAGCUGAGGAUGUCACUGCCCGAGAAGAAGUGGAAGAGCAGACUGGUCAUUUCAGAUCUUGAGGAGUCCCGGUGUAGGCCGGGUAGGAGGGAACAGGCGGGGGUAGAAGGAAGGGCCGGGGAAGCCAGCAGAGGGAGCAAAGGAGUAAGUUCCGGCUUGGAGAAGAUGGUGUGCUGCGUCGGGAAUAACCACAUCUUAGCGGUGUCAUUCUCAGUCUGCAGAAUGGGAAAUGGGAAGAAUCAGAGAUUUCAGAAAAGGCAGGGACGUACCCAGAGUCACACUGCUCUUUAAGCCCACGUGAAGCCUCCUCAGCCCUCCCUGCCGCACUUACCCUGCCCCACCUCCACCUCUGUUGCACUCAGGGGCCCCAACAUGGUGCCGAAGAGAACAGGCACCAUGACUCCCACGAGGACCCAGCACUCGUUGGCGGGGCAGACUUAUGCAGUGCCCCUCAUCCAGCCAGACCUACGGCGGGAGGAGGCCAUCCAGCAGGUGGCGGAUGCCCUGCAGUACCUACAGAAGGUCUCUGGAGACAUCUUUAGCAGGAUCUCUCAGCGAGUAGAGCUCAGCCAGAAGCAGCUACAGGCCAUUGGAGAGAGGGUCUCCUUGGCCCAGGCCAAGAUUGAGAAGAUCAAGGGCAGCAAGAAGGCAAUCAAGGUGUUCUCCAGUGCCAAGUACCCAGCGCCAGAGCACCUACAGGAGUAUGGCUCCAUCUUCACGGGUGCCCAGGACCCUGGCCUGCAGAGACGCCCCCGCCACAGGAUCCAGAGCAAGCACCGCCCCCUGGACGAGUGGGCCCUACAGGAGAAGCUGAAAUACUUCCCCGUGUGUGUGAACACCAAGCCAGAGCCUGAGGACGAGGCCGAGGAGGGCCUCGGGGGCCUUCCCAGCAACAUCAGCUCCGUCAGCUCCUUGCUGUUGUUCAACACUACUGAGAACCUGUACAAAAAGUAUGUCUUCCUGGACCCCCUGGCUGGUGCUGUAACAAAGACCCACGUGAUGCUGGGGGCGGAGACAGAGGAGAAGCUGUUCGAUGCCCCUUUGUCCAUCAGCAAGAGGGAGCAGCUGGAGCAACAGGUUCCAGAGAACUACUUCUAUGUGCCCGACCUGGGCCAAGUUCCUGAGAUUGACGUGCCAUCCUACCUGCCCGACCUGCCAGGCAUCGCCGAUGACCUCAUGUACAGUGCUGACCUGGGCCCCGGCAUUGCCCCCUCCGCCCCUGGCACCAUUCCAGAGCUGCCCGCCUUCCAAACAGAGGUGGCCGAGACUUUCAGGCCGGACCCAGAAGAUGGGGUGCUAACAGCACCCCCCCCGCCACCGCCGCCGCCUCCACCUCCCCCAGCUCCGGCUGUGCUGGUCAGCGCUCCCCCACCGCCACCCCAGCCCAUGGCCUCCCUGGGCCAAGGUGCCAGGGAGGACGACAGCAGUGGUGGGGUGUCUCCUUUAGCUACAGUCCAGGGAGCUCCCAAGGAAGUGGUGGACCCCUCCAGUGGCCGGGCCACUCUGCUGGAGUCCAUCCGCCAGGCUGGCGGCAUCGGCAAGGCCAAGCUCCGCAGCGUCAAAGAGCGCAAGCUGGAGAAGAAGAAGCAGAAGGAGCAGGAGCAAGUGAGAGCCACAAGCCAAGGUGGAGACCUGAUGUCGGAUCUCUUUAACAAGCUGGUCAUGAGGCGUAAAGGUAUCUCUGGGAAAGGACCUGCGCCAGGGGCCAGCGAGGGGCCGGGAGGAGCCUUCGCCCGAAUGUCAGACUCCAUCCCGCCCCUGCCCCCGCCACAGCAGCCACCUGGAGAGGAGGACGACGACGACUGGGAAUCCUAGGGGCUCAGCCCCUCCUUCCCCCUGCAGCGUGCACACGGCCGGGACGAGCUGCCUGGCCUGGGGGGGGUCUCUCGGCCUCUGCUGCCCGUGGAGGACUGUCCCAGGCCUGUGCCUUCUUCGAGGAGCGAGGUGGCCAGCUUCUGAGGCCAAAUGGCUGGGAGCGGGGAGCCCUUGUGCUCUCCUCCAGCCACAGACUAAAAUAAAUACAUGAAUCGAUCCAGCAGUAUCA